AAUAUCUGCAAAAAAUUCAUAAUUCCACACAAAUAAAAUCACACCUGGUGGUUCAUGAAUGGUUAUAUAACAGCACCAGUCUUCCUAUCUUUUUUCAUCAGUGUCUUAAGUAUUGGCAGAGAAUACAAAGGGAAAACCAAUAACAUGGGUUCUGUGGGAGAAUCGGGUGAUGAUGUCCAACCAAGAAAGUAUUGGAGAUGCAGCAAACAAGAUUUCUUCCCAGAAGAAUCCUUCCAAAACUGGGGCACAUAUCGAUAUGCGCUAUCACAAACAGGGCUUCGGUUCAAGGAUCGUCUCCUGCGCAGAUCGAAUGAUGCCGAGGAGAUUGGAGAGCUUCGUAAGCAGAGCGAGAACGAUAUGAAACGAUGCCUGACAUGGUGGGAUCUCACCUGGUUUGGAUUUGGCUCGGUCAUUGGUGCUGGUAUCUUUGUGCUCACUGGGCAAGAAAUGCAUGAUCAUGCUGGACCAGCCAUUGUUUUGUCCUAUGUUGCUUCCGGUGUUUCAGCAAUGCUCUCAGUCUUCUGCUACACAGAAUUUGCAGUAGAAGUCCCAGUUGCAGGAGGGUCAUUUGCUUACUUAAGAAUUGAAUUAGGUGACUUUGCAGCUUUUGUAACAGCUGCAAACAUACUUCUUGAGAGCAUUGUCGGAACUGCAGCGGUUGCCAGAGCAUGGACUUCUUACUUUACAAGUCUACUGAACCGCCCACGUGACUCAUUACGCAUCCACACAAACCUCGCCGAAGAGUUUAAUCUCCUGGACCCAAUAGCUGUCACAGUCCUGGCAAUUGCCGCAACAAUUGCAAUGAUCAGCACAAGGAAAACUUCAUUAUUCAACUGGAUAGCAUCUGCAAUUAACACUAUAGUAAUUUUGUUUGUGAUAAUUGCAGGAUUUGCUCACGCUGACACAUCAAAUUUGAAACCCUUUUUGCCUUAUGGAGCUAAAGGAGUCUUUCAGGCUGCUGCAAUUAUCUACUUCGCUUAUGGGGGAUUUGAUAACAUUGCCACCAUGGCUGAAGAAACCAAAAAUCCAUCAAGAGACAUACCAUUAGGAUUGCUUGGAUCAAUGUCCAUGAUCACCGUGAUAUAUUGCUUAAUGGCACUUUCACUGGCUAUGAUGCAGAAGUAUACAGACAUAGAUCGGCAGGCAGCAUAUUCGGUAGCAUUUCAGAGUGUGGGCAUGAAAUGGGCAAAGUACCUGGUAGCUCUUGGUGCCCUAAAGGGAAUGACCACUGUUCUUCUGGUAGGGGCACUAGGACAGGCACGAUAUGCUACUCAUAUUGCACGAGCCCACAUGAUUCCACCAUGGUUUGCUCUUGUCCAUCCAAAGACAGGAACCCCCAUAAAUGCUACACUCUUGAUUACCAUUUCAAGUGCCUGUAUUGCUUUCUUCUCAAGCUUGGAUGUCUUGGCAGGCCUGUUAUCAGUGAGUACACUCUUUGUUUUUAUGAUGAUGGCUGUUGCACUUCUUGUGAGGAGAUACUAUGUUACAGAAAUCACCCCGCGAAUUCACCUCCUGAAGUUAGUUAUCUUCUUGUUGAUCAUCAUUGCCUCCUCAAUGGGAACUUCAGCUUACUGGGGACUAAAUCCUGAUGGUUGGCUUGGAUACACUAUCACGGUUCUUCUUUGGUUCAUAGGGACUGCAGGAAUUGCAAUGUUCCUGCCACAACAGAGGACGCCAAAAGUUUGGGGGGUUCCACUUGUUCCUUGGCUUCCAUCCUUGUCAAUUGCAACAAAUAUCUUUCUCAUGGGAUCUUUGGGUUCUCAGUCAUUUAUUAGAUUUGGAAUCUGCAGCAUUGUAAUGCUAAUAUACUAUGUAUUCUUUGGUCUCCAUGCAACUUACGACAUGGCUCACCAGCAAGAAAAGCUGAAAUCCCUGAAUGAUAAUGACAAAACAGGGCCUUAAAAUUACUGUACUCCUUUACCCUUCAGUCUGCCAAUCCUUAAUAAGAUUUCCUUCCAACUUGUUAUUUA